UGCGUUCACACGCUGUUCUAUGCUUACGCUUUUAGCGUACUGCCCACUGUUCUGCAAGGAGCCUUUUAUCACAAGGGUCCAGGCUGGCUGGGUGUUGGCGAGUUUGAGGAUUAUUAUCAGUUUUGUGUUAAACCGGCUUGUUUUGCUUUGGGUUCGAGUGAAUGUUACGUUCAGCAGCUGCUGCAGUCAUGGCCACACGCAGGAUCACACAGGAGACCUUUGAUGCAGUGGUCAGAGAAAACAUCGAGGAGUUUGACAUGGAGGACAGCGAAGCUCUGAAGGAGGCCGUUGAGCAGUUUGAGUCUCAGGGUGUGGAUCUCAGCAACAUUGUUAAAGCCGUGCCCAAAGUUUCUUCUGAAGAAAACACAGAGGAUCAGACCCAUGAGGUUCUUCAGGCUUUGGAGUCUCUCAAAACUGCAGUGGCUUCAUCGUCCGCAUCCGUUCUGGAGGAUCUGAGAGCCUUCACCCAGCAGUGCUCUCUCGGCUUCGCACAGCGAUACCUGGCCGCUCAAAAAGAGGCGUAUCCCACGAUCCUCGCCUGCUGCCAGAGAGCCGCUGGAGAGAAGGAAGCCCUUUCCGUCGCUCUCGCCGCGCUCUCUGCGCUGAUUGACGGCCAGCCGGAUCUGCUGGAUGUGGAAGGGCGAGAGUUUUUGAUGGGCGCUUUGACUGCGCACCAGACGGACGCCGCUCUCAGCUGUCUGUGUAUCCGUGUCGUGCGACACUGCUGUCUGAAGCACGAGAACAACCGGCAGGAUCUGGUGAAGGCAGGCAUGCUGCUGCUGCUCUCCGCCAGCAUCACACGCCACAUCGAGCACCCCGAGGUCGUGAGGGAGGCCUGUGUGGCGCUGAGGGUCAUGACCUUUGAUGAUGACGUGCGUGUGCCCUUUGGACACGCCCAUGAACACGCCAAGAUGAUCGUGCUAGAGCACAACGGACUGAAAGUCAUCGUUGAAGCUGCUAAAGCUCAUCCAGGGAACACAGCAGUGCUCAGUGAACUCUGUGCCACUCUGUCCCGUCUGGCCGUGAGAAACGAGUUCUGUCAGGACAUCGUAGACCUCGGGGGCCUGACGUUCAUGAUCACACUCCUGGCUGACAGUCUGGAUCGUCAGGAGCUUGUGAAGCAGGUGCUCAGCGCACUGAAGGCCAUCGCAGGAAACGAUGAUGUCAAAGAUUCCAUUGUGAAUGCCGGAGGGGCGGAGCUUAUCGUCAUGGCGAUGAACCGUCACAUGGCCAGUGCACAGGUGUGUGAGCAGGGAUGUGCGGCGCUCUGUGUUCUCGCUCUGCGCAAACCCAACAACUGUAAAGUCAUCAUGGAGUGUGGCGGAGUGCUGGCGGCCCUGCAGGCCAUGAAGACUCAUCCGGCUGAAGUUAAUGUGCAGAAACAGUCCUGCAUGCUGUUGAGGAACCUGGUGGCCCGCACACGAGACUUCAGCCAGCUCAUCCUGGAGAUGGGAGCCGAGGCGCUGAUCUCGCAGGCUCUGGCGGCUCACAGAGACUGCGGCGACGUGGGUCGAGCCGCUCUCAGAGACCUCGGCUGCCAGGUGGAGCUACGAGAACUCUGGACGGGCAAGAAGGGAAGCCUGAGUCACUGAUGAAUGUUGCCAAACGUCUGUAAACUCAACACAAUCACGAUUAAAUCAUACGACAGCAUGUCCUAACUGUGGAGCUCAUACUAACUCUAUGUGAUCAAACAUCUUCCGGUAGAAUCGAAGUGCAUCUGACGUCCACAUGCAUAGGAUGCAUUACAGGUUACGGUGUAUGUAUGUUUUUUUGUUUUGUUUA